AUUUGAUGUUGCCAACUACCGACAAAUCGAUUGGUCAGUUGCAAAAGUGAACGGGCAAAUCAAGUUCUGUUCAAUAUGCGAUCGUUCAGUACCCAGUGUUUCACUUUGCUUUGGCUGUGCCAUGGCACGGUUUUGGGGACGUUGGCGGCCAAAUGCUCAUUGCCCAACUUACCCCAGUCAUUCUCGGCCUCCAUGCAAUAUAACGCCAACCUCAUGGAACGAGGCCGUCGAGAAAAAGGACAUGGUCGAGAUGACCCACCCACCUAUGAGGGUGUUUCGAGAGGCAUUCAAGAGACCUGUUUGCGUACUGAGAAGGCCCGAAUCGAAUACAUUUCAGAGUACAACUAUAAUGAUGGGGCUGUUUUGGUGACCAACGACAACAUCAUCUGGAACCCAGAUAUUGGUGGAAUCAAUAACUUCCUUCAUGUCAAUACGAUCAAGGAAGAGAAUGAUAAAGGAGUGGCAGUUUGCCGGGCAGACACGAUUCCAGAUGAUCCCAUUAUACGAUUUGCUUUCGGCUUAGACCCCGAAAAUCCCACUUUUCCAAGUCUUGUCUUGUCCGCAUGCUUCAUUUUGGACCGGGUCAGAAUUACACUUGUGACGGGCCCGUUGAGCCCGUGGAUGGAAUCCCUGUUGUGAAAUAUACGGGUUUUAUGGAGAACACGGAUGUUUCAGCCAAACUUCAGAUAGAAUAUUUUUGGUCUGAUGCGGCGCUGUGGCAAGGGACGGCAGGACUCAACCGCUCGAUGCCCGUGCAAGCCCGGAUUACAGGUACGGGUGAUUUCAGUGGAACUCAUGAGGGUGUGGAGACUGUGGACGUGACUGUGAGCUUCAGCGAAUAUCUAGCCGUUGAAGAAGAUCUGGACGCGUUUCUUCCGCCAAGAGAUAUCUAUUGUGAAAAAAGAGAAGCCACUCUAAAAUUGCCCGAGCUCCCAAGAGCCUUCCAUUACAAUGCCGAGCUCAUCUACUUCUUCUCAAACGAGGAUGGUAGCGUUAGAGAGUUUAUAAUUUCCCCGAGACAAGAGUGGUAUGAUUAUGCUGCAAAAAUUACCCGCUCCGACUACAAACCCGUUGAUCCUAGCAAUCCCAACAACCCAUUCGAUGGAGCCACGGGCUUUGUUUCCGAGGUCAAGGAUUUCACCUCAGGCAUUUCGUAUGUGACAAGAUUGGACUCUGGAGAGUGCCAUCUUCGAAAAAUUUCGUCCGAACAAGGCAGUGACAUCACCCAUAAUGAAGAUGGUACCAUCUCGAUGACAGAUCCCUUCGAAUAUUGGAACUAUGAUGACUUGAGUUUUGCCUCUAAUGGUGUAUUCGAUGAGCGUGGCAUCCGCGCUGAAUUCUACGUGUCCGACUUGAUCCCAGGCCAGGUGAUUGACGGAAUUCAGUUCAACCGAACUCAAAUUUUUGCUCUAACCACGGGACUAUAUCUUACCGAAGGUGGCUCAGAGCUGGAAUUCAUCGUCCCCGUUAGGAUAGAAACCUAUCCCAUGGAGGAGUACUGGAACCUUAAGACCAGAUUGGUCUACAACAUCAUGGGAUUUGAAUAUUUUCUGCCAGACUUCAAUACCUAUGACAUCUCGGCCUGCUUUGAGGACAAGGCCAUGGACCAUCGUCUGAUUCGCAUUGGAUGGAGCGAGGAAAUGGACGUGAAGAGUGGUGUAAAGAUUAUCCGUGACGAGAUUCGCACUCAGGCCUCUAUUGGUGCCCAAGUAUCUUUGAUCCGAAUCCAAAAUAUUGAGAUCAAUCUGGAAAAGGAAAACAAAGCUAUCGUGGCCAUUUUCACUCUGGUGGAUUACCCCAGAGAUGAAUUUGGAGAACCCAGUGACGAUCUGCCUCCAGAGGUCACCUUACCGCUUUCAUCGGCCGUCGAGAAUCUACGCCAAUAUAUUCAAGACGACAAGUUCGUGAUUGAGAUCCCUGUUAUGGAAGACAAGUCAGGACAAGUGGUCAGUGCUCGGGCUGAUUCGAACGUGUUCGAAGCUGUGGAUCGAGCUGAUGGUAAUUCAAAUGAUGGAAGCAAGAAGAGAUAUUCUCCGGGUGAGAUGUUUGGUUUGGCCGUUGGUAUGAUCAUUUUAGGGGGACUGUUAGGCGGGAUGAUCUAUCAUUUUGCCUUCCGUAAGAAACAGCUACCUGAUCUGUUCAAUUCAUCCACAUCAAGCAUCAGAGGUUAUGACAAUCCAUUGAAAGACGUUCAAGACAUUUCCUAAAAAGUGCGGUCUGCUUGGCGAGGAACGCCAAAUCAUCUUGUUUCACACGCCUCCCUUUCGAUUUUGAUCCCUUGAUUGUAAACUCAUCAAUAUUCAGAAUGCAUGAGCCAUCAGCAUCUUUGCACCUAACCCAUACCACCCUCACACGUGCUCAAUAGCCUCCCAAGGGUGUCACACGAGUGAGUCGGAGCUUAUGGAUUAGGUGUAAAUAUUUCCGUUCAUGUUUACCCCCUCAUUGUCAUUCAUACUUAUGAUUAAUAUGUCAAUUUUUAAAUAUACCUAGAAGACAUCCUUUACCUUCCUCUGAGCGCAAUAUAUGGCCAUGUCUCUGGCCCUGGACCUACA